AUGGCGAAUCCGGAUCCCGCAGAACAAAACGCCUUGAUUGCACAGUUCACUGCGAUCGUGGGAACAUCUUCGCGACAGGCUCACCAAUUCCUCGCCGCAAACGAUUGGGAACUUGAGGCCGCCGUGUCAAAUUACUACGCCGCCCAAGAAGAUCACACCGAGGACAACCCCGAUGAUUCAGACUACGUCGAUGAGGAGGAUCCCGAAUCCUCGCAUCAACCCCAACAUCAAGCUGCCUCUCCUACCUAUGGCGCUGGUCGAAGGCUCGGAGAGGGCCCUUCAGAUUCUCAACCCGUUCCUGCGGCCCCUACCUCCGCUUCGAGCUCUUCUCAGCCUAAAAACAACCCAUCUGCACAAAAGAAAUUUGCUACUCUAGGUGAUUUCGCUUCAGGCGGCGCGAACGGCGACGACUCGGAUGAUGACGAUAAACAAGAUCUCUUUGCUGGAGGCGAAAAGUCAGGUUUGGCAGUACAGAAUCCGGACGACCUGAGGAAGAGGAUUUUGGAAAAGGCUCAGAAGCGUGGUCCACCGCCCAAGGAGGCUGCUCCAAAGAAAUCAUUCUUUACUGGUUCAGCACGCACGCUGGGAGGCGACGAUACACCAUCGCGAGAGAUCCCCGCUGCGUACCAACCUCGAGGAAGAGCCGAGAGAGUGGAACGAGUGCUGCAUUUCUGGCAGGAUGGCUUCAGUAUAGACGACGGUGACUUGUACAGAUUCGACGAUCCCAGGAAUGCUGAAAUUCUGAACUCGAUCCGACAAGGACGCGCCCCGCUGAACAUCAUGAACGUCCAGCCAGGCCAGGAAGUGGAUGUGGAGAUCAAACAACAUGAAGAGAAAUACGUCAAACCUAAGAAGAAGUACAGGCCCUUCGAAGGUUCCGGUCAGCGUCUGGGAAGCCCCACGCCUGGAGUCCCAUCGAUCCCCGGAGGUUUCGCUUCAGAGAUUACGGCGCCAGCACCCGCGCCAGCCUCUGGAGCUCCUCCUCCGGCCGAAGUAGACGAGUCGAAACCAACCGUUACAUUGAGGAUCAGCCUAGGCUCGGGCACGAGGCUGACCUCGCGCUUCAACACAACCCAGACUAUUGGAGACAUCUAUGACUUCGUUCGGCGAGCCGAGCCGAGCGGGAGGGACUUUGUUUUGCAAACCACCUUCCCAACAACGGAGCUCAACGACAAGACCAAAGUGCUCGGGGAUAUGGCAGAGUUCAAGCGAGGAGGUGCUGUUGUUCAGCGAUACAUCUGA